AUGUCCGAUAACAUUGAAGAAAAUAAUCAUAAAAUUAAUAAUGAUACUAAUGUUACUGAAUCUAUUGAUAUACAAAAGAGUAAUUUUUCAGACGAAUCCUCAUUUAAUACUACAAUAAAUCCUCCUUUAAUUAAUAAUAAUGCACUUUUUCCUAAUAAUCUUACUAUAAAAUAUAUUAAUGAAUUAUUACAAGAAUUGCAUGCAUUUCUUUUAAAUAUGGAUUCUCAAGUUGAAAUUGAUAAUUUAUACAAUCUUGUGAAAAAUUUUUUAUUUGAAUAUGAUUUAGAUUCUGAUAAUGUAUUUGAAAUUAUAAGUAAUUCACAAUAUACUUCAUGUUAUUCAAGUUUAAUUGGAUAUUUUUAUCAACAUGGAAUUGGAUGUAAAAUUGAUGAAAUUAGAGCAUUUGAAAUAUAUUCCAACGCUGUUAAAAAUAAUCAAAAAACAUUAUUUGAUCAAUUUUCAUUUGAUCAAAAAAAUGAAUCCAUUAUUUUCCACAAUGAUGAUAUUAAAGAACUAAAUGGAAUAAUUGCACAAUAUUUUUAUUCCAUAUUCCUUUAUAAAGAUGUUAUUUUAUAUAUAGGAGCUAACUACAAAUUUCACAUUAAAAAUGCUGAAAUAGGAGAUAAUGUAUCACAAUAUUAUAUAGGUUAUUAUUAUUGUUAUGAUAUAUUUAGUACUAAACUUGAUUAUAGUAAGGCAGUUGAAUGGUAUUCAAAAUCAUCAGAAGGAGGAAAUAUUAAAGCAAUGUUUGAAUUAGGUAUUUGUUAUGAAUAUGGGGAUGAGGAUAUAAGAGAUGAGAAAAAAGCAUUUAAUCUGUACUUAAAAUCUGCUGAAGGAGGGUAUAGACGUGCAUUAUAUGAGUUAGGGAAUUGUUAUCAUUAUGGUCGUUGUACUUUUAAAGAUGAAGACAAAGCUUUUGAAUCUUAUUUAAAAGCUGCAGAAAAAGGUCAUAAUUUUAGUCAAUAUGAAGUAGCAAAUUAUUAUAAUUAUGGAAGACAUGUUCCAAAAAAUGAAGAAAAAGGAUUUUAUUGGAAUAGAAAAGCUGCAAUAAAUGGUAAUACUGAUGCUCAAUUUAAAUUAGCAGAAUGUUAUCUUAAUAAUUCUAUUAACAAGAAUGAAGAAAAAGCAUUUAAAUGGUAUUUGAAAUUAGCCAAUGAUGGGUUUGAAAGAGCAAUGGAUUCAGUUGCAAAAUGUUAUAGAGAUGGCAUUGGAACUAAUAUAAAUUUAGAAGAAGCUACAAAGUGGAAUAAACAAUAUGAUGAUAUAUUAUUUGAAGUAGAUAAAAACAAUAAGAUUCAACAUGGAAUUGGAAGUAAAGUUGAUGAAAUUAAACCGCUUGAAAUAUUUUCUGAUGCUGUCAAAAAUAAUCAAAGAGAAAUAUUAGAAAAAGAAAUUAUUUUAUAUAUAAGAAAUAACUACAAAUUACACAUUAAAAAUGCUGAAGAAGGAGAUAGUGUAUCACAAUAUUAUAUAGGUUAUUAUGAUUGUUAUGAUAUAUUUAGUACGAAAAUUGAUUAUAGUAAGGCAAUUGAAUUGUAUUCAAAAUCAUCAGAAGGAGGAAAUAUUAAAUUUGAAUUAGGAGAAUAUAAGCUUGCAUUAAAUGAAUUGGGAAGGUGUUGUUAUUUCAGGAUUUGUACUUUUAAAGAUGAAGACAAAGCUUUUGAAUUUUAUUUAAAAACUGCAGAAAAAUGUCAUUCUUACAGUCAAUAUAAAAAUAGAAAAGCUGAAUGGUAUUUGAAAUUAGCCAAUAAUGGUAUUGAAAGAGCAAUGGAUUCAGUUGCAAAAUGUUAUAGAGAUGGCAUUGGAACUAAUAAAAAUUUAGAAGAAGCUACAAGGUGGUUUAUAAAAUAUAAAGCAUCAAAAUGA